AAUAUUAUGGAACAUAAUAGCAUUUAUGUUUAAAGCGUAUAUAUGUGUCAUUUGCCCUAUUGGGGACCUCGUAUAACUUUACCCCGUUGGGGGCCUCAAGUUUGUUAGCCAAUCAAUGGCUUGGAUAGGCACGCGAGAGCUUGUGUUUUGCACACGUUAGCCUUUUCAUAUACAUGGGAUUCAGUGAAUACAAAUUGUAAAGCGGAUCAAAGUUUUUUCAUUUUAUUCAAAUCGAAGGAUCCAAAUUUAAUUUCUAUAACAACAAGUAAGUUGAAUGACUGUGCGGAUUCGUUAACUUCAGUUACGUAUCUAUUCGCUCGGUUUGAGCUGGUAUUUUCGGUGAACUUUCCUACAGUGUUGGCGUUGGAGUGGCGUGCGUUUUGUAAACAAUGGCUAAUGGUCAUAUCAUGGAUGUUGUGAUUUUGGGACAUUCCUUCAUCAGGCGAUUGGAUGAAUUCACAAUCAGAAAUAAAAUUUCUAAUCUGAAUUUGGAUGCGGGUGUAUAUUCCGUAACAAUGAGGGGUAAAGGAGGUCUACGUUUAUCGCAUCUAUCCCAGGAUGCUACAAUACUUAGUUUCCCCUCCGCCAUCCCAGAUAUUUGCUUAUUCAAAUCGGGGAAAAUGACAUUAAAGUGAAUUCAGACCCUCUUAAGAUUGCCACGGACAUUGUCGCUGUUGCAAAAAUUUUUACACGAAGGAGUUGGGGUUAAACAUGUGUUAAUUGGUCAACUGCUGCGUCAUUUACCAUACGUUGCGGGUCAGCGUUUCAAUUCCCAAGUCAUCGCCAUUAAUAACCAUCUACGGGUAAUGACAGAUAAUUUACAGGGGUUGAUAUUUUGGCCCCAUCGAAGAUUUUGGCAGUAUCUGUCUUUCCUCGGACCUGACGGAGUUCACUUAUUAUCAACGCCCUCCAAUUGCCAACCUAUGAGAAAGUUCCUUGAGAAGCAUCAGGAAUGCUGUUAUAAUAACAGCUAUAAAAAAAAAAAUUAAAAAAAACUAUUUCAAUAUAUCAGCUGCUGAUAUAUAUCUGAUACAUUCAUGUAAUGUUUGACUUAAAUCUCAUACUUAACCAUUCAGUAUAAUGUUCACUGGAAUCUCAUAGAGUAUUGAAACAUUUAGUAUAAUGUUCACUUAAAUCUCAUGGUGAAGCAUUCAGUAUAAUGUUCACUUGAAUCUCAGAAUUUUAUAUUAUUGAAACAUUCAGUAUAAUGUUCAUCGGGAUCUCAUUUUGAAGCAUCCAGUAUAAUGCUCACUUAAAUCCUAUAUUGAAGUAUUCAGUAUAAUGUUCACUUGAAUCUCAUAGAUUAUUGAAACAUUCAGUAUAAUGUUCAGGGGAAUCUAAUUUGAAGCAUUCAGUAUAAUGCUCACUUAAAUCCUAUAUUGAAGUAUUCAGUAUAAUGUUCACUUGAAUCUCAUAGAUUAUUGAAACUUUCAGUAUAAUGUUCAUCGGGAUCUCAUUUUGAAGCAUUCAGUAUAAAUGCUCACUUAAAUCAUAUAUUGAGGUAUUCAGUAUAAUGUUCACUUGAAUCUCAUAGAUUAUUGAAACAUUCAGUAUAAUGUUCAGGGGAAUCUAAUUUGAAGCAUUCAGUAUAAUGCUCACUUAAAUCCUAUAUUGAAGUAUUCAGUAUAAUGUUCACUUGAAUCUCAUAUAUUAUUGAAACAUUCAGUAUAUUUUCAGUUGUUCACCUAAAUCUCAUUGGAGGCAUUCGGUAUAAUGUUGUCUUAAAUCUCACAUUGAAGCAUUCAUAUAUGAUUAUUAGUCUAUCGUCUGUUGCUGCAUUACCCCUGGCAAUCAUACUAAGUUUGUAAACAUUCAGUGUCAUGUUUACUAGUAAAUGCAUUAUACUGUUGAUAUAUGUUACCCUGGUGCUAUCCUCAACCGAGCAGUGCAUUUAAGUGUUAGACAUUUAGUAUGUGUACUUACAUCACCUAUUAAACAUUAAGUAUGUUUACAUGUCAUGUGUAUCACUGAGAUAUACUGCUUUGUGAAUAGUCAGUACAUGUGUACUUGAAGGUCAUUUGAAACAUCGAGUAUAAUGUAUACAUCUAUAAUUAUUCUCAUCUCCCUUGCUCUGUUGCUAUCCUUCUACUAGCAUUGCAUUUUAGCUGGUAAACAUUCAAUAUAAUGUUUCCCUAAAUAUAUACUGCAUGCUUGCCUUAAAAUCCUGUACAAAUUCUGUAGCAGACAGCUAACAUACAAAGUGUGCAUUAAUGCUGGUGAAUACAUUACAUGAUGGAUAUUUCGUAGUGUUUAGAAACAUUAAGGCUUUAAUGUUCUAAGAUACCAGACUACUUGUCAUGAACUAUUACACAUUUAAAAGGCAGGUCAAUGGUUAAGGAUAUUAUUCCCUCUGUGGUAAUUUUCAGUAUAAUUUUGCUGAAACUUGACACAUUACAUAUGGGUAAAACAUUUGAGUUUUUCCAUAUAUGUAUGAUAUAUGUUUUACAUAUAACAUAACCUGCAAAUUUAAGACAUGCUAAAGGAACAUUUUAUACAUUGUUCUAUUGUCCAGUAAGAUAUUUUUAUCACUAGAAGUGAAUUCAUGCUGUGUGUGCAUUGGUGAGGAUAUAUAUAAUAUAGCUAAUAAGUGGCAUAUUCAGCUUAUUCUUAAUGAACUCGCUUUAAUGCAACAUUUGUGUGAUACUGCUGUUUAUUUAUGUCCCUUCAUUUUCUACCUUGGACGCAAGUCUCGGUGUUCAUUGCUGAUGAGGCUAGUGCAUAUGUCUAAAAAGGUGUACAUAUUUGUAAGCACAGCAGCUGAUUCUCAUCUAUGGAUGAUGUUAGUUCCGUUUUACAUUAUAUAAUACUACAAACUGUAUGAUGGGUGAUAACACCUAUUCAUCUUCUACAGCACAUCUAAUUAGAUUCAGUGCAGCUUACAAUUUUGGUAAGAUCAAUCAUCUCAUUCUGAUAUUUAUUGAAAUAGUAUUUUCAACAUCAGUUGAUGAUAAUGCUAAUAUGGAUGUCAUAAUUUGAAUAUGUUGAGAGCAAAUACUUCAUGCAUAUGUAUUGUAGGGUUAGAAAGUUUUGAUUGUUUGGACUUGUAGAAAGCGUGUUGAAAUUUGAGAAAUCCAGUAAGGUUUAUAGUUUGUGCAUUGGAGAUUUGCACUAAGUGUAAGUGACUUGCAGUUUUGUUUUGUUAACUAGUACAUGUUAACAUCCUCGUGGGUUGAAUCAUUGGUACAGUAACUUUGUGCACUCGCUCAGCAGACGCGUCGCGUCAGUGAUGAUGGCGGAUCAAACGUGCAAGGCGAUGGUGAUAGGACAUUCAUAUGUGCUCCGUUUGGAUGUUUAUUUGCAACGCCCAAGGGAUUGUGUUUUGGCCACACCGUGGAUUAUGUGAGUCCCUGUCAUACAUCGGCCCAGAUGGAGUACACCUGCUAUGUACUCAAGCCAAUGAUCAGCCCAUGAGGAAGUUUCUGCGGAGUACACGCAACGCCAUAAUUAUUAACGCCAAAGAUCUCAGGCCAGUAUAAACACAUCAAAAAUUAAAUGCAAACUUAGUUAUUUUAGGCCUUGCCUAUGUAGGCCAUGGGUGUUAUUGGUGUUUGAAACACUUUAAAAAGCAUUCUUCAAUAUCUUCAAAGAAACAUUGGGUAUAAUGUUUAUUUACAUAAUUACAAAGAAGCAGUCGGUAUACUGUUUCAUUAUUAUUAGGAACAUUCAGUAUAAUGUUUACAUAUUACCAAGAAGCAUUCACUAUAAUGUUUCAUUAUUGCAAGGAAACCUUCAGUAUAAUGUUUUCAGAAUUACCAAGAAGCAUUCAGUAUAAGGUUUACAUAAUUACCAGGAAGCAUUCAGUAUAAUGUUUCAUUAUUGCAAGGAAACAUUCAGUAUAAUGUUUUCAGAAUUACCAAGAAGCAUUCAGUAUAAGGUUUACAUAACUACCAGGAAGCAUUCAGUAUAAUGUUUCAUUAUUGCAAGGAAACAUUCAGUAUAAUGUUUACAUAAUUACCAAGAAGCAUUCAGUAUAAUGUUUCAUUAUUGCAUGGAAACAUUCAGUAUAAUGUUUUCAGAAUUACCAAGAAGCAUUCAGUAUAAGGUUUACAUAAUUACCAGGAAGCAUUCAGUAUAAUGUUUCAUUAUUGCAAGGAAACAUUCAGUAUAAUGUUUUCAUAAUUACCAAGAAGCAUUCAGUAUAAUGUUUCAUUACUGCAAGGAAACAUUCAGUAUAAUGUUUACAUAAUUACCAAGAAGCAUUCAGUAUAAUGUUUACAUAAUUACCAGGAACUAUUCAGUAUAAUGUUUCAUUACUGCAAGGAAACAUUCAGUAUAAUGUUUACAUACUUACCAGGAAGCAUUCAGUAUAACGUUUCAUUAUUGCAAGGAAACAUUCAGUAUAAUGUUUACAUACUUACCCAGAAACAUUCAGUAUAAUGUUUACAUAAUUACCAGGAAGCAUUCAGUAUAAUGUGUCAUUAUUGCCACGGAAACAUUUAGUGUGUGGUUGCAGAGUUAUAUAGAUAUAAACUAUUAGUAUAUAUCUGUCUAUAUUGUAAAGUAGCAGCAGGGCAGAGUGCAAGGCCUGUGCUAUAGAGAUACAUAAAAUGCAAUGUCUAUUACACUGAGAGGCAUUUCAGUAUGAUAUUCCAUUGUUAUCAAUUAACAUGAGUAUGAUUUAAAAGUAGGGAAAGGUUAGCGGUAUGACGCUACUAUUACUACAUAUUUCCCUGACACCUACUUAUGGUACUAUAUUUAUAUUCUUUGAUAACUAAAAACAGCCUCCAGAUUUGGCAUUUAGUUUCUUUCUAUCAAGUUAUAUUAUCUAUAUAUUAUUGUGCCUAGAGGUGUUCUUUGGGCUAUUGAAUUUCAGUCAAAUUCAGUUAUCAUGAACAAUAGCCCUUGUUGCGAUGUACAAGUCCAUUUUAUUAUACAGGCGAACUGCUGGAUGUCAUGUGGUAUACUGUUUGGUGUUUACAGUAGUAUUAGUUUGCCAACUUUCUCACUCAUCAAGUUUGUUGGAAGUUGACAUGCCCCUUUUUUCCUUGAUGCCCAGAUUUACUGUGGUUGAAAUAGAAUGGAGUCAACUUAGCCAAAAACAAUAUUUAGAAAUAAAACCAUGAUUGUGCUGCAAUGUCAUCAGACUGACUAAAAAGCAAUCUGCUGAAAUACGAUCGAUUUUCACAAUAAGCUAAACAAAGCUAUGUUGUAUACAUUGUGUAAGAAUAAUCAGAGAUAUAUUAUGUUGUAUAUGCCUCUUGAAUAAGAUACAUGAAAUAUAGAUCUACAGUAAACAUGUAUGAGUCGAUGCACGCUCGCCAGGUUGCGACACAAAAUUUUGGUCUAGUGUGAGCCCUGGGAAUCCAUAGUGUGGGGGCUACCAAUGUCCUACCUGGACCACAGUCUGUCUCUCCCAUGGACACCCCCAACAUUUCUAAUGUGGGUUCGAUUUUAGAUGUAGUUUUCUCAGACAGCCCGGUUCCAAGCUCCAUAUUUGGAGCAGUAUCCCACCCCGGUUCCGGAACAUUUAUUGCAAAUUUAACUUCAGCAACAGCUCAUAUUCUGACAGCUUCCUUAACACAGGCAUCUCGAGCUGCAUAUAGGCGGUCUUGGGACCUAUUCCUGAAUUACAAACCAGUUACUAACUUACCUUUGCAAGUCUCUGAUGUAUGCAACUUCAUUGGACAUUUAUUUCAAUCCAAUUUGAGUGCAAGCACUAUAUCAUCACAUAUAUCUGCUCUGGGCUAUGUCCACAAAUUGUUCAAUUUUGUUCAAUUUGUAGUAAAGAAACUUCUGCGUGGUUGUCACAAAUUGGCAGGGACUGUAGACUCAAGGCUACCGAUAACGAAAGAUAUUUUAGCAAAACUUAUUGCGGCUUUGUCUCAUACGGUUGCAGCAAAAGCCAACUGCAUAUUAUUAGAUGCUCUGUUUAAAUUAUGCUUUCAUGCAUUCCUUCGCCUUGGGGAAGUGGUUUCAAAAUCUGCAGGAAGUAGCAGUUUGGUGGUGCAGCGGUCAAAUGUCGCCUUUCAAUUUGAGGGUUCUUUACUGAAAUCAGUGCAGAUAGUUCUACAUCAUUUCAAAAAUCAGAAACAUAACAAUCCUUUUGUCAUUACACUUGUGAGCAGCAUAGAUCCAACAAUGUGCCCUGUGGCAGCUCUGCAUCGCUAUUUAUCACAUUUCAAGCAUUCUUCGGGACCCUUAUUCCAGUUCAUAGGGGAAAACCCUGUUACAUAUUCUUAUGUCUCCACUCAACUCUAUGCCGCUGCAACCUUUGCUGGUCUGAACCCAAAGUUGUACAAAGGUCAUAGUUUUAGAAUAGGUGCUGCUACAUAUGCCACAAGUCUGGGUUAUUCUGAGAACCUGAUCAAACAAUUAGGCAGAUGGAACUCUAAUGCCUUUCGUCGCUACAUAAGAAUACCUGCGUUCAACCUUUAACUUAUUUUCUACCCCAUCCUCUGAUUUUUUUUUUUACUUGGUAGUCAGGGCGCAUUCAGGUUCAGCAACAACCUUUGGCAGGUCAGUGUCUAACUGCUGCUAAAGACUGCAUCACUUGCGUGCAUAUAUCAAUUGAAAAUUUGGGCAGGUCAGUGUCUAACUGCUGCUAAGGACUGUAUCAAUUGACUGUUAUAUCAAUUUUAAGACUUCGAGCAGGUCAGUGUUUAACUGCUGCAAAAAGUGUGGUACUAUGUAAAUAUUUAAACAAAAUAGGUUUUUUGCAAGUUGGUAUCUGUUAUAUUUUCUUUGUAGUAAUUCUUUUUUGCAAGUUGUAGAGAAAUUUUUUUCUGUUUUAUAUGCUACACAUUGGUACUGUAUACAUUGUUAUAUGUGGUUGGUGCAAUAUACCUUACUGACUCACUUAGUUACGCUAUCCUUUUAUACACAGAUAUGUCCAAAGUAUGUCUUGUUAUAUACAAUAUCCUUUAUGUUCUAGCACAGGAAUGUGUCAACUUUGGUAACCAUAUACACUGUUAAUUGCAAUCGGGUCAGUAUUUAACUGUUCAUGUGUGAUAAAUGUUUAUUAACUCUCCACAGUCAAACUAGUUAUUUCUCUCUGCUCACCUUGGAUGACGCCGAUAUGAUACUGUGUUUCAUAUCUUGUGGCCUUAUUUGUUCGCCAUCUUUUUGCUCUGGGUUUGUUUUGAUGAAUUUUUAUUUGUCAUCUUAUAGCGUAGCAUUAUUUAAGUUAUUUUGUCUUCUUUGGGGGAAAUCAGACUUUGAGUAAUUUAGCUUUGCAGGUACUUUCAUGUAGAAUGUAUUAUCUGAUUUCCCCCAAAAUCUUAUGUUGAAGAUUUCUUUCGUCAUUUGGUAUUGUAAUAAAUGACAAAUUUUCAAUCUCAAUCAUUCUUUGUUCAGAUUUUUUAUGACAGCAAAAACGAGCUACGGUGAGCAGAGUUUGGGUAAUAGAAGCUGAUAAACAUAAAAUCAAUAUUAUGGAACAUAAUAGCAUUUAUGUUUAAAGCGUAUAUAUGUGUCAUUUGCCCUAUUGGGGACCUCGUAUAACUUUACCCCGUUGGGGGCCUCAAGUUUGUUAGCCAAUCAAUGGCUUGGAUAGGCACGCGAUAGCUUGUGUUUUGCACACGUUAGCCUUUUCAUAUACAUGGGAUUCAGUGAAUACAAAUUGUAAAGCGGAUCAAAGUUUUUUCAUUUUAUUCAACCCUCCACCACCCCAACUUUCCGUCCUCAAUAUGGAGGUUUACUCCAGUGCUAUGCAAUCUUUUUAUAUAGGCUUUUAAUCAUUUGGGUUGGCCUUAUUUGUUCGCCAUCUUUUUGCUCUGGGUUUGUUUUGAUGAAUUUUUAUUUGUCAUCUUAUAGCGUAGCAUUAUUUAAGUUAUUUUGUCUUCUUUGGGGGAAAUCAGACUUUGAGUAAUUUAGCUUUGCAGGUACUUUCAUGUAGAAUGUAUUAUCUGAUUUCCCCCAAAAUCUUAUGUUGAAGAUUUCUUUCGUCAUUUGGUAUUGUAAUAAAUGACAAAUUUUCAAUCUCAA